AUGGAGGGGGUGAUCCUGCAAGGUACUCUCGGUCGUCUACGGCAUCCGCUGCGCUGCCUUAUGACGUACUUGGCUUUCGGUGUAUCCUUGCUCGCCAUUCCUCGCGAACUACUGCGACUGGGCGUGUCUGUAUCGUACUUGCUCACCGCUUUCAGACAGGAAAGCCCUUGGGAACUCAGCGAUAUGGAACGUGUCGGAUGUGCCGCUAUCUCUGACCCUCUCGAAUGCGUAAGCAGUCCACGAUGCGCCUUUGUGGAUUUGCAGUGCAUCUCUGACCCGAUUGGCUAUGCCCAAAUUUACCUCCAAAAAGACGUCCUUCAACUACACGACGCAGCCGGCUAUAACUGGCAACUCCUAUUGAUGUCCGUGGUUCCUUUUGUCCUCGUCACGUUUCUCCUUAUCAACACCACCAAGCGGAUCGAACGGGCCACGUGUGUCUGUCUCAUCACACACUUGCUCGUCGCACUGAUCUUUCUCGGACAAGUCACCAAGAGCGACUACAUGGUCGCCUUCAAGACCACCUUCUACCCAGGCUCUUGGCAAAGGAUGCUCGACAUCAAGCGCUGGGUGUUCGCUGCCAUGCCCGGCGUACGAACCAUCAUGUACGGCUCCAACUUGUUCUACUACAUCGGGUCCAAAUUCCAGCCACUCACCCGGAAAACACGUCGAGUCCCCAUCACCACACUCGUGGCGGCCGUCCUCGUAGCUGCGGGUUCCACCUUCAUCUGGGUCUUGUUAGACCAACACGUGAUCGAGAAACACAUCCAGCUGGAACGGGACAUUUCCAUGUUGGACCCAUUCAUUCAGCUGAGGAGCACAGACCAGUUCUCCAUAGCCAAAGCGCCUCUCACCGUUGCGACCACACACCUGGCCGAGUACAUCGCCUAUCCCGUCGCGCUCACCAGCACCUACGCGGCCAAUGGCAUGGGCCUCGUUAUCUUCACCAACCUCGCACUCAGACACGCCAUCAUGGCGCUACUCCACUGCAGAGCCGUGGCCGCGCUGCUCCAAGAACUGCGCGUGGGGUACUACACAAAUAUCACCAAGCCCCUGAGCGCCGUCGUCGGGGUCGCCGUCGUCAUACAGGCCCUCAGCUGCAUCAUCAACGGCCUGUGGUCUGGCCCGCUGCUACUGCUAGAAGGCAUUAGGGGCGUCUGCCAUAUCAUGGAACCAGCGCUCUACGGCAUCGCUACAGUCGCCUAUACUCUGUGGCACCGCGACCUCACGUUCUCCCACCGCAUCGCGCUCGCAGCCAAACCGCUACUAAAAAACACCAAAACAAGAGCCUCGCAUGACGCACCCCGCUACAGCCUCGCGGACGCGUCCCACAGUCCAAAGAUGGCCCGCUCCAGCGAAUUGCGGCGGGGGCUCCCGGAAUAUGCGCUUCCUAAUGUUAGUGCACACGCGUGUGCGCGCUCACCAAAAAAAUUACUAGAUAAUGUCGGGGAUCACCCAUACUCGACUGUUUGGACUAAACGAUACAUUCUGGGUCAGUUCAUACCUCAGCUAAUAUGGAUGAUGGGGGUAAUCUCCUUGUUGUUUUGCCCCUUCUAUGAAGGCGAUGCGAAAUUGACCGGGAUAUCACCCGAAAGCACCUCGGCCGUGCCCUACCUCUACAAUGGUGGGGGACUGAUUCUGUCGUUCGGGUUGCUCAUUCUUGGCCCAUUGUGGCGGUGCACUAUAGUUAGAUAUCUUAGAGCCCGUCUUUGCAAGACGACUGGCUACUGCUCUGCCCAUCCGAACAUGUGCACCCGAAGCACUGUAUUCGGCCCCUGGCGACGCCUGAGGUGUCUCUCCUACCCGAGUGAGAAGCCGAACGGCAGUUCCAAACUAGAUCUGAACAGGCUGCACUGUGGACUGUGUCCAAGCCACACGGAACUUUAUGUCCAUACGCACCCUGAGGACCCUGCAGACGUUGCAUCGGCAUUGAAGGAUUCUUCCGGCGGCAACCCAGAAGACUCGCCCAAGCCUGACCCGACUCUGAAGGACCCUCCGAUGGACUCUACUCCGAUGGACCCUACUGCGAAGGACCAAGACGGUAGCCGCCAAGAGGGGAGCCGGAAACAGGACACGGUACCAGGUCAGCGGGAAUGUCUGGCGUGUAAUUAUGAACAAGAGCAGAUGGGUUUUGACUGUUACCGGACGCAGGUGAACCAGAUCUUGGGAGUGGAGCCUGGGAGUGGUCGGUUGACGAAGGUUCUGUUUUCGGCUCCGUUACAGUGGUUAGUACCCGGCAUCUGUUUGUAUCAAGUGCUCACCACUCUCCUGGAGAACCACAUAGACGCGGUCCCUUCUCUGGAUACCAUGUUGAACUCAACCAGGGUGUACAUCGACGACACUUUGGUGGAUAUUCUCAGGGUUCAUAACGAAGGGGACGACAGUACAAGGAAGACAAUGCGGUUCUUCGGUAGUGGCAUUGCUCCCACGACUCACAUGGCUGUAUACCGCGAUGCUAUCGCAUAUACUGUGGCCAUUGUGGCCGUGUUCGGUCUAAUACUAACGAGUCUGUACGCAAUUUACAAGCCUCACUUUUCGAGACUUUUCUCAAAGUUAAAGAAAGGCUCUGCAAAUACGGUUCCAGAUGUGGUGGAUCCAACGACUAUGAAUCCGAUGGCUGUGAAUCCUGCGACUGCUGUUAUGAGGCAAGGAGAGGAAAUCAUAUCCGGACAGCCCCGAAGCACACCCGUCUUGGUGGCUCCAGCUAUGCAACCAGAUUUCGGCGACGCAGGUCUUUAUGACUGGGAUAUCAAGUCCAUCGUUCUGGCCAAGAGUGAGACCCAAACGCAUUUGCCUCUAAGCUUGCGCAGGUUCCGAAUAUCUCUCGCUGAAUACUUCGCUUACUCUCCCAAAGAGUUAUGGGCUAAAUCCUUCGCUGUUAAGAUUUCCAGAAUUUAUUAA